UGACAAUAACAAUAAUAUUAAUGAUAAAUACGAAAAAAACGUUAAUUUUGAAGAUUAUAAUUUUGACGAAUUGCCAGAUGAUUACGCAGUCGCCAAUGAGGACCAAGCAUAUGAAUUUGGAUUCUUCGAAGGUUAUCCGAUAGUUUUUCUGACUGAUAAACAAAAGACAAAAAUAGAUCAAGAACAAAUCGCUAAACUCAUAAACAAAGACUCUCCAGAAAAUAAUCCCUUAUUGUCAUCAAAAAGACUCGAUCCACAUUUACCCAUAACGAUAAUAAUAUUCGUCAUCCCACCAAUUGUUUUACUGUUCCUAAUAACUAUCUUUUACAUCUAUUGGAAAUUCUUUCUUGUCCCGCGAAACAUGAAAAAAGUAAAUGUACGGUAUAUCAAAGCUUCACUGUAUUGUCCAGACGAAGAAAAAUGCGGCAAAAAUAGGUGUGACGCGAAAAUCGAUGAUGACAAUAAUGACGAUCCUCGACCGUUUAUUUCACUAAAAAUGAAGCCAACUGCAAACUUGGUUCGGAAAACAACAGACUUUGAGCGUGGAUUGGAUUAUGAAGAUGUUGAUUACGAUGAUGAGUGUUGCGCUUUUUAUUCUGGUAUCAACAACGAAGAAAGAAUUGGAUGGUCGAAGAAAAAGAAACAAGAAUUUGGAUUUUUUUGA